CUUGAGAAUGCGGAUGCUUCCUCUGAAAAAUUUGCGGACGUAUAUGCAGAAGACUCGGAGUUGAGCCUUGGUGGGGAAUUCAAAACGGCCAUAGUAUAUUGCAUACGAGAACAAGUUCAAAUUUAUCAAAAGUCACUGUUCCGAGUUGGCCACCCUCAGAUGUCCGAAUCGACGGCUUGCUCCUUCCUGCCGAGCCUCGCAUCUGGCAUUAGAGCAAUGGAUCAAGUAAAAUCUUUCACACCACUACUCAACUAUCUC